AUGCACGAUGAUGAGUAUGACAAUGAAUGGGAAUUGAACCGUAAAAGGAAUGAUGAUUUUAUACUCAUAGCGUCUGUAACUGCAGCUACAAUUUAUCAUCGAAGAAGACGGGCUGCCUAUUUUGAUAAGAUGUCGUGCAGGACAAAUAAAUUACAGGGUGCGAAUGGUAACUACGUUCAAAUACCGAAAAUGGUUGGGAUGUUCCUUUUCACACUGGGGCAUUGUGCAAGGAAUAGAUUGGUGCAAGAAUGUUUUCAGUAUUAUGGUGAAACAGUUACUAGGAUGUUCCAUAAGGUAUUGUAUAGUGUGUACUUGUUAUCAUUGGACAUCAUUAAACCGAGGGAGAACCGGUUUGACGAAGUUCCAGUUAAGAUUAGGGGUGACCCAAAAUAUAGCCCAUUUAAAAAUUGUGUUGGUGCCAUCAAUGGAACACAUAUCCCAGCUGUGAUUCCUAAACCUGACAGAGGUCGAUUCAUUGGGAGGAAAGGCACAAUGACACAGAAUGUAAUGGCAGCGUGUGACUUUGAUAUGCUGUACAUAUUUGUGUCGGCUGGAUGGGAGGGAUCAACACAUGAUGUACGUGUGUUCCAGUAUGCAAUUUCAACACCGAAAUUACGAUUUCCAAUGCCACCUCGAGGAAAGUAUUAUCUAGUUGAUGCAGGGUAUCCUAAUAGGACCGGUUUUCUUGCACCCUAUAAAGGUGGGAGGUAUCAUUUAUCUCAGUUUGAAAAUGGUCACCGAGCAACAAGUCCUCGUGAGGUGUACAAUCACACACACUCGUCACUCCGAAGUGUAAUUGAAAGAAUUUUUGGGGUUACAAAAAAUAGGUUUCCUAUAUUGAGGAAGAUGUCAUCUUACCCCUAUGAAACCCAUGUUCAAAUUGUAAUUGCGUGCAUGACACUUCACAACUUCAUUCUAUUGAGGGUGACGAAUGACGAAGAAUUUACAGAAACGGAUGAAGGGGCAAGUAGUUCAUCUCAAGAACCAACUACUGAAAAUGUUGUUAUUGGUGUUGAUGAUUUGCGCGAUGACAGGACCAUGUCCUCUGUUCGAGAUAAGAUUACAGAUAAACUUGUACGUAGGAGGCAGAGGUAG